AUGAAGAAGACCUCUUCUAUUCCUUCUGAUAAACGUCAGUGUUUAAAAAUGGAGAAAUGGCUCAACUUUGGAAGAUUACUAGCUCCAUACUUGUUAUGUUCAGUAGGUGCAACCUUAAUUUUUAGUCUCUUUCUCUUCCAAACUCCAAACCCUUUCAAGGCCACAUUCAAACAUGAUGACUUUGAUCAAAAGAAUGUCCGACUCCAAAAGGAUGAUGAGACAUGUAACUUGUUUAAGGGUAAAUGGAUUCGGGAUUUAAAUGCAUCAUUAUAUAUGAACUGGAGUUGUCCAACAAUUCCUGACUCAAAGAAUUGUUUCAAGAAUGGGAGGGAAGAUAGAGAUUUUCUGAAUUGGAGAUGGAAACCCGACCAAUGCGAGCUUCCGAGGUUUGAUCCCAAGACCUUCCUGAAGAUUGUUAGAGGGAAAAAAAUGGCAUUUAUUGGUGACUCAGUUGCUCGAAACCAUAUGGAAUCACUUCUCUGUCUCUUGUCUAAGGAAGAAACUCCGGUGGAUGUAUACCAGGACUCAGAAGAUCGCCUCCGAACAUGGUAUUUCCCACUCCAUGACUUCACCCUAACGGUUCUAUGGUCCAGAUUCCUAGUGACCGGCGAGGAGAGAGUUAUCAACGGCUCAAACUCCGGCAUUUUUGACUUGCAUCUAGACGAGGUUGACGAAAACUGGGCUCAGAAACUCCCUACCAUAGACUAUGCUAUCAUCUCUGACGGCCACUGGUUCUUCCGAAAAACUUACCUGCACAAAAAUGGUGGCAUAAUUGGAUGUGUGUAUUGCAGGGAGCCAAGUGUGACUGAUCUCGGCCUCGGGUUUGCUCUCAGAAUGUCUUUCCGAGCAGCCCUCGACUUCAUUAAUCAGUACAAGAAGGAGUGCAAAGAGGGUAAAAUAAUGACUGUGUUAAGGACAUUUUCACCAGCCCAUUUUGAGGAUGGGGCAUGGAACACUGGAGGAAGUUGUAACAGAACUGGUCCUCGACACGAACCUGCAGAGAUAGAAUUGGGGGGUGGUGGUUUUGAGACUGAACUUAGAGACAUUCAGAUUGGAGAGGUUGAAAGAGUGAAAAAGCAGUUAGUGAAGAACAGUAGUGGGAAGAGUUUUGAAGUUUUGGAUGUGACAAGAGCCAUGCUCAUGAGACCUGAUGGACACCCUGGGUCUCACUGGGGCAACAAAUGGAUGAAGGGCUACAAUGACUGUGUUCACUGGUGCCUACCUGGUCCAAUUGAUAUAUGGAAUGACUUCUUGAUGUCAUUGCUUAAAAAGGAGGCUGGUUAA